UGCAAAGCAAAUGUAUAACAAAAGCAAAAUCAAGUAAAGAGCAGAUGGUAUACGAUUUAUAGUUAAGUUAGCGCAUAAAGUUGAAAAAAUAAAAAAGUUAAAGUGAAAUUUUUUAAUAAGUAUAAGUAAUUAUAUAUAGCAGCUGGUGUUAAAAUGUGUGGAGGUUUUACUUGUUCGAAGAAUGCGCUAAUUGCGCUGAAUAUUUUGUAUGUGAUGGUGGGAUUCCUGUUGAUUGGCGUUGGAGUAUAUGCGCGUGCUGCUUCCAUUGUCACAAAUCUACCAAUUGUGGGUGGUAUUUUAGCCUGUGGCGUGAUACUGAUAUUAAUAUCAAUUCUCGGACUGGUCGGUGCAGUGAAGCAUCAUCAAGUCAUGCUGUUUUUCUACAUGAUCAUUCUCUUCAUGCUCUUCCUCAUUCAAUUCUCCAUUGCCAGCUCUUGCUUGGCUGUCAAUUCGGAGCAGCAAAAAGAGUUCGCUGAGGAGGGUUGGAAUAAUGUACCAGAUUCGAUGCGCAUGCAAGUUCAGGAUACAUUUACUUGCUGUGGCUUUAAUUCGACACACACAGGCACAUCUUGCGAAGCAGUCACCAAGAAAUGUUGUCCAGAUUAUGUGGACAAUUGCGCUUGCCCACCAUGUCUACCCGCUUUGGAGGAUAAGAUCAGUUAUGCAUUUAAAUUGUGCGGCGGUUUGGGUAUUUUCUUCAGUUUCACUGAGGUACUGGCAGUCUUCUUGGCGCGUCGCUAUCGCAAUCAACAUGAUCCACACUAUCCGGAAGCGCGUACAAUUUUCCCACACAAUUACCAGUAUUAGUGAAAAAUCAUGAAAUCAGUUUGAAAAGAAGGCAGUUAGCGCAAAAUAAUUACCUAAAUUAAGCUUUAAGUUUGCGCAGACGAAUAUAGUUUGGCUUGGAACCGAUUUAGUGGAAACGAACAAAUCACAAACACUUACAUUAAUUUAAAUGUUGUUAUAUUGUAUAUUUUUCGAACACCUUUUUUAGUCACAAUUUAUUAGUUUGCUUUUGAAAAAGUCCGAUUACUUUCUAUGUAUACUUAUUUUGCUUGUAUUUUUUGUGUUCAAUUUUCGCUUGCAUUCACGUAGUCAAAUUAUGUUUAAAUUAAGUUUAUAUAAACUACAUUUGAUUCUUUAAUAUUCUAGUGAUUUUUAAUAACUAAUGCAAAUUGUCUUUACUUUUGUUUACAAUUUGUUUAAUUUAGUUAACUCUUUGAGAUUAUUAUUUUUUAAAUAAAGUAUAUAAUUUAAAUAGCAUAAUUGUAAUUUUGUGUAUAGUUGUUAAAAACAAAAAUAAUACUUGUAUACAUAUACACAUAAUAUAUACCUUACAUGUGCUAUCUAUAUUUGCUCAAUAGCUCUAUUUUAAAAUAUGUGUAUAUGAUAUGCAGGGUUGCAAAUAAUGCAUUAAAAAAUAAUGGAAUUAACAUUUCAAUUCAAUAAUUUUGUAAUCCCGAAAAUAUUAUUAUAAAAAUCAUUUAUAAAUUUUUAUUCCUAAAUAUCAGCUCAAAAAAGUUGUGUUUAAUGGCAAAUACUGGAUUGAAAAAAAAGCAGAAACAUACCAAAUACGGGACUAACAAAUCAAAAAAAAUAAUCACAAAAUCAAAAUUAAAAAUAAAUGUUUAAUAAAACUUAAAACUAAAUUAAACACAAAAACAUAAUAAAUAAAAAUGUUUAACAUAAUUAAAAAUAUUUAAUUUCAAAUGCCGGAUUAAGAAAUAUAAAAAAAUUAACUACAAAAACCAAAUUAAAUGUUUAAUAAAAUUUUACAAAAAAUUCAAUCUCAAAUACGCAAUUAAAAAUAAAAAAAAAUUCGCCCCAAAACCAGAUUAAUUCUUUUUUUUAAUUUAUUUUUAAUUUUAUUUAGACUUCAAAAGAUUAAAUUUAAAAAUUUUGUUAUAAUUUUUUUUAUUCUUUUAAUAUGUAUUUAUAUUAAAUAUUUAUUUUUAAUGUUUUUUUUUACUUCAGAAAUUAAAUAAAAAAUUUAUUUUUUUAUUAAAUAAUUUUUCUCAAUUUUUUUUUUGUUUUAAUACCGAUUUGUGAUUAAUUUGCUUUUUUAAGUUUGGCAUUUGGAAUUAAAAAUUUAUUUAAUCAGUUUGAAAAAAAAUUAAUCCCAAGUGUAUAGCGGAGAAUUAAAGAAGAAAUUGUUUUAAAAUAAACACUUUUUCACGCUUACGUUCUUCAUGUUUUUUCACUUUAAACUAGAGCUUGCAUAGACUAUCAUCCUCAAUACUCUAGAGCACUGGUUGACAAACUUACAUACAUAUUUAAAUGAUUUAUACUUAAUAAAUUUUUAUUUUAAUUUUGAUUUUCGGUUAAAAAAUUAAAUUUUAAAUAUAUUAUAUUAAAUUAAAAAUACAAAUUUUAAUUUUUAAUCCCCCACAUCUUUGGUUGAAAAUUAAUUUUAAUUUUUUAAUUCCAAUUUUGGGAUUAAAAAAAAUUAAAAAUUAAAUUUUAGUUUCUUAAUUUCGAUAUUGAGAAUAAAAACCAAAAUCCAAAAUGUUUGGGAUGAAAAAAUUUAAAUUUUAUUUUUUUUUAAUUUAGUAGUAAAAAUUGUAAAAAUAUAAAAUUUUUAAACCAUAAUUUUUUGCAUGAAAAAAUUCGCAACCCUGCUGGUAUGUAGAUUUUUAUUGUAAAUGUUCCUUUAUUUUUAACAACUAUCCAGCACUGAAGGCAAUCAAGUAGAACUGCGCAGACAUUAUCGAGAAAAUAUUACAAAAAUAAUGUCCUGUCGCGCUCACCUCAACUCCAGUAAUUAACAUAAUUAUGAAACACUUUAAAUUAUAAUAAUACGAAUCCUACUUCCUUGCAAAAACAGGUGCUUUAUUGAAGUAUACAGACCCCGUUCUCCGGUUAAAAACAUUUGCUAAUUUCUAUAAAUUUCCACAAAUCAUUCAUUACACAUUCACCUUUACACUCGAAAUGCAUUGUAGCAGCAAAUGCACACACAUACAUACAUACAAAUUUAUUAACAACAUUCUUAAUAUUGUAUGGGCAUUUGCAAAUAACAUACUUAUACAUACAUACAUAUACGAUGAAGUACGAUAAUAUUCUCUGUAUUCUGUGCUGUGAUUGAAAUAAAUAUGAACUUUAAACUGUA